AUUGCUAGCUAUCGAGUCUUAAUUCUUGCGUGUGGUUCGCUCAUUUUACAGCUGGAUGAAUUUUUGCUGUACUGUAGCGAACGUGGCAGUCUUAUAAAGCGAACUAAUUAUUGAGCUUUUGACAACAUAGUUAAAGCUUCUAAUCAACGGGGCGUAAGAGCAGUAAUUUAAAUAGCGGUAACAUGAUAUUUUAUUGAAGUUUUUAAAUGCUUUGGACUAUAAAAACGACUUUAUGACUUCUUGGUCGUCCGCUCCACGCGAUGCGUGAUGAGUAUUGGAAAUUCGCACUUCCUUGCGGUUUUUGCAUCAAAUUCCUAACAACACGCGAUAGUUAUUUCACUGGUACGGAAGUGAAAAAUCAAGAUCAGCUCUUUUGUAAGGUUCCAAAUUGUAUGCUUCUCCAUAUUUAAGAAUCCUGCAUCGGCGCAAACAAAUACAAGAAGAAUUUUAAUUCAUACAUGCAGGAUGAGUUGGACCGACUUGCAUGCAGUCAUUAUAAAUGUACGUUAUAUAUGGCGAUCACGUUAGACUGCUGUUUAAAUAAAUUCUACGUCCCGCUAAGGUUUUGGAAAAUCCUGAUAUGGUAAUGUUUUAACGAUGGCUGAGUAUAAUAUUUACGGUGUGUUUGAAGCUGAAGACAUCAUCAAGUAUGGUUACAUGAUGAUAAAACGACCACCAACUUCGACAAAAGUCAGGAUUAAGGCAUGGCAAAGUAAAUUUUUUGUUUUGCGCAACAAGACACAGAAUUUGAGCCAAAGACUGGAGUACUAUAAAGAUGAAAAUGCAUUUGAAUUGCAAAAGCCAAUGGAAUAUUCCUUCCACCUGGAUAGCAUUGUCUACAUUGGUGAAGCUCACAGCUCAAAGAGCCACUGUUACCCAAUAAUGAUUGUGUGUAGCAAGCAAGGAGCCAUCACUUUGGCUUGUGACACUGAAAAAGCCAUAAAAGACUGGUUAGGAGCUAUAAACAAAGUUGUUGUCAAAGUAGGCGGAACUAGCUCCUCUGAAAUAUGGGCACAAGUCCCUAAUGACGAUAGUCCCGCAUCUACUCCUGAGCUAAAAAGGCGUGCAACCUCUGACCUGUUAAGUGUGCAUUCAAGAUCAUGCCACAACUUGGGUGAUGCUUCACAGGUUAACGCCAAGACAGCUAUACAACCAGGUUAUUUUGUCACCACGAGGCUGACUCCACACUCAGAAAAUAACAACAUCAGGGGGGACUACAUCCUGUGUAUUACUGAGGAGGAAGUGUCCCUCCAAUCUGCUGUGGACAGGAGCCAGACCGUGGUCACUUGGUCUGUAGGUCAAAUAAGGGGAUUCAAGAGUGAACCUGCAGCUAGUGCAGGAGUGAAGGACAUGCAGCUUCUCACACUCAAAGUUGGCAGACGCAGUGUGACUGGAGAAGGGAUUUUCCAGUUCUUCACCAAACAUGGCGACACUAUCGCCGCUGAAAUUCGGCGGCAUUCCAAGCAGGUUUUCCAGUCUGCGGCAGAGAAACGUGACGCUUUCCAUAGGAGAUCUACCAGUGGCAGUGCGUCCAAGUCUCCGCCAAGUGUUCACCCAUCCCGAAAGCUUCCGAGAACUAUGACCGCGCCCCCGGAGAGGAUUAUGAGUACCCUACAAAAGGAGAAGGAUAACGCCAGGAGACGUGCUGUGACCAAUCCGUUACCUGGCCAAAGAACCAUAGAGGAAGAUCUCCCUGAAAAACAAAACGGCAGAGCUGUUACUAUUGACAUUGAAAGUGAUGGAUCUGCGUCAAGUAAUGGCUCGAGACCACGGUCCGCAACGGAAUCCUCUGUUGAAAAGGCAAGUGAUGAUGACGUGUUUCUGACGCGGCAACCGUAUUCCGAAAUCGAUGGAAUUGACGACAUCAAGGAAGAGUCGGAAGGCAGCGCCUACAUCGAUCUGCUCGUCGACGAGAGCGCCGAGCCGAUUCACAUCUCUGACCCGGUUCACGGCCGUAAGACUUCCAGCGAUUCGCUUACGAGCUCAUGUUCUGUAGGCAGCGAAGAGGGAAGCAUGCGCUCUAAUAGCUCUCUUCCUAGGAAUUUCUCAGGCGCACAGUUGAUUCCUGAAGAAAAUGAGAUGGACUCUGAAGGUUAUGUAAGAAGUGAAGCGUUGCAUUCGGGGCCAGCGGACAACAGCCUCGAUGGAAAUGGAAAUGUUUUAAAUUAUUUUAAGUCCGAAAAGGGAACGGAAAAUCAUCGGUGCCAAAUCUCCGGCAACCAAAGUUUAUCGAGUUGCCCCGUUGACAAGACCACAGUGAAGAACGGCAGCCCGAAAAUUUCGCAUGUCGGUGGAAGUGUUAAUCGAAAAAUGCGCGAGAGUCUAAUUGCACAAAUCAAAGAACCAAGCUCUGGUAAUUUCCCGCCAAAACCCAAGUUACAGAGAGAGCACGCGCUUAGGUCGGAAAAUGUUUUCCCGCCAAAAUCCAGCACGGAAGAGGCUUCCCUUUCUGCUGAUUCCCGGAACGAAGUAGGCUCACGGCAGUCUUUGUUGGAUAAACUAAGAGCCGGAGAUCCCGAAGCCUCUAAAACCAUGUUUGAGAAAAUUAUUGCUCAGAUGGAGAAGCCACAACAGAAUGAUGUGAACGAACUCUUUCCAGCCGUGCGACAUAAACGGAACAGUAUCGGAACAGUUUCUACGGAGACUGUUGGUGACGUUCAGCAAAAAGCGACCACCUUAGCUGGUGGGAAAGGGAGUCGUUUAACUAACAAGAAACACACGGUGAUCGAAAAGAGUAAAUCCACGUGUGAAGGGUUAGUCAGCCGCGCACAUAGCCCGGGUCCACCGCCUUUACCAGUUCGUCCGGCUGAUCCUGGCGACGUGAUUCGGAGGCGAUCAUCUUCCUCGUGUAUCGGGGAUCUUUCUGAAGAGAAUCAGAGGCGGCCUGAGUUAGCGGCUGCUCAUCGGUCAACUUUCUUCGCCAAGGGCAUGCGCAGCAUAGAUCCCCACACACUGCUAUUACCACUUAAGACAAACAUCAACACCAGUCAUCUGACUGGCGAGGCUGCGAUACAGGCUCGGCUACUAGAGAAGACGGAACAGGCCCAGAACAACACCAAUCAACGGCGAAAUAGCGGAGUAGACGACCCCGGAUCGUGUUUGAUUGCUGACGGAGGAAGUACCGACGACUCGAUUUUUUGUAAAUCGUCCGAGAAUGUGGAGGAGGACGGACAAUGUGAGAUGGCCAAGAGGAAAGAUUCCAAGGCUAGUAAGUUCGUCAAGAAGGUGUGGAAGCUGGCGCCCAAACCGAGGCGAGGGAGCAACGAGACACGAGAGGUUUCCGAAGUCGAUUUUGCGGAAAAACCCCGCAGAGAUUCGCUUUCUCCUGGCGAUGCUAUGGAUAUCCAAGGACGAUUUUCAGGAAGCGAACCAAGUACUCCAGAAACGUCACCACAGAUGAGUAGAAAAACGUCCAAAUCAUCACCGAAAUCCCCCCGUAAGACAUCCAGAGAAGAAAAAUUGAAAAAGGACAAAGAAUCACCUGAAGUCGCGCUUAAGUUUUCCUCCGCUUCUAAGAUGCUACGCAAGGUCGCUAAAAAGGAUGACAUUGCCGUCAAGAAGGUUUGUAAAGAGGAAUCACCAAAGAAAGAUGACAUUUUAGCUGAUGAUACAGCUAAACAUCCGGUUUUCUCUCACAAGGAAAAACAAAAAAAAUCUGUACCGCAUGAUAAGGCCCAAAAGGACACAAGGGAUGAAAAAUCGAAAUCAAACCACGAAAGUCACGACAUGAUUGACGGAUCUUGCCAACUUGAACGUCACUUAGCGCCUCUCGCUGACAUGACUGACAGCCAAUGUGCGUUUAACAGUGAGGACAACGUACCUGCGCCAGCCCUCCCUCCGCGGAAGAAAUUUGAUCCACCUCCGUUGCCACCCAGACAAGCAAAAUCGCCCACUUCAUUUAGUUCGAGCCCGUCACCUGUUCAUUCUAGUGCAGCUCACCAUAGUGGACGAACAGUUCAGCCUGCUGCUCCAUCUAUGAGGGAGGGAAGGCGACAUAGUGGACAAAGAGCUGUUGGAAGUGUACUGAAGGAAGAGUUUCUGCCUCCCCCACCUGUCCCUCCAAGGAGAGAAAAUAACCAGUCUCCCGUUCAAAAGAAAGCGACCUCAAACGAACCUUCGUCAGGUCGUGCUCCUGUUAUUCAGCUGACUUGUUCUUCACCAGAAAAUCAACAAGAUCUUGCUGAAAAACAGAACUCGGACUCGGAGGAAGAAAUGAGAAAUGCGACAACUGAUGAGUCCCUAGAGCAAAACCCGCCCAUUCUGUCAGACACCCACCAGUUACCAGACUCUCUAUCGCAUCCAGUUCCCCAUCGGCCGCCCAAAGGAGAGCGACGGAGCCAAGCCAAAGAGUUUUUCCGCAGUCAUGCUAGUCAACGUGUUUCCAGUCCCUACUCCGAUCCAGAGUCUGCUGAAAUGGAUGAGAACUACAUCCGAUACGGGAACAUCGACAAGCUCACACGGGGGUUGAGCGGCGAACACGAAGGAACUUCAUCUGAAAAGCAAUCGCCCCACGUUACGAAUUCGUCCAAUCACGAGGCGAAUUACAUCAUUAAGACUUGUGCAGGUCCGCUGAGCACGGAAGCGAGUCCCGUCAUAAAAUCACAGAGAGAAGCUACACGUCUCAAGAUUAAUUUGAUGAAAGAAUGCUCAAUUGACGAGGAACUUCCGCCAGAGAGCCAUGAUGGCAGCAGCAUCAGUAUUACAGAUGAGGACUUGGAAGGUCAGCAAAGCACACCAAAAAGACCUAGUACUCCGCUGAGUAUACAAAGAGGUCAAUUCACGCUGUCUAGCGUGAGUAUUACAUAGGUUUAGUAACGGCCGACGAAAGGAAGGGGAGUUGGGUGGUAAUGAAAGGAGCCAUGUUUUGCUAUCUUACAUCAAAUCUGAUGAAACCUCUCAGUAAUUGUCGAGAACCAUUCAGUAGAAAGAUAAUAACUUAAUGAUCUAAAUGGCAUAAAUACAGAUUUAAGUCAGCUUUUACUCAUCAUACUAGGUUUUUUUUGUUUCAAGUUUUACAGCCCGUAGUUUUGUGUUGCGAUGAGCAAAUAAUCUUCGUUUGUUUCACAAUUACUUACUGCUCAAAAUGUGAACAUCAAGUCAUACUGGUUUCUUUUUUAAUUUUUUUUGUUUUCUUUUUACCUCCAACAAGAAUCUUAAUACGUUUUCUAUAUGUUUAAGGAAAGUUAAGUUUUACAUCCGGGAUACAUAUAUUGCACAGUUUGACAUUAGUUUGUUUCUGAUUGGUCAGUCCGUUCUAGACCGUUCUUGAACCAGUCAAAAGCGUGGAAAUGGCGUUAUUAAACGAACUGUAACGUUUAUCUUAGAGGGUCAUGUGGGUGGCUAAUAUUUUUACCCAAAACGUGUUAAAUUGCAUUUAACUAAUGGAUUGCCUUACUAUAAGGCGAGAGUCACUUAAAUCACAACUUGAAUUCGUGGAGGGGAUUCCUACAGCAUCGCCUUGCACAUUUCAGGUAGUGUUUGUGCAAUAGGCCAUUUUACAGUUUUGUGCCUAGUUACCUGGCCUAUGACUGCAAGCGAGGCUGGAGGUGACCCUGCUUUGAUACAGACCUCUGCUUUUCUCAUGUAAAUGCAAACUAGUUCGCAUAAGAACAACUUAAUUUACACAACGAAAACAGUGUGGUCUUUAUCAAAAGAUUCACCUCCAGCCUCGCUGCCAUUCAAAUGCAAGGUCACUGAACAGACAACUGUAAAAUGGAUUGUCUUCGUUCUUUUGUUUAGACUGUAAAAAUUUUCCUAAGUCCGUUCACUUUCUUAGAACAAAUUUAACCAAGGCCUUGAGGCAUCUCAUUAUCACAGCUAAAACGUCUUGACUAAAAUGCUUAAUUCCGAUACAAUUCAAGGUUCGCUUUUGGUGACGAAAUAUGGCUAGUAUGCUCACUGAGCAAGGGGAACUUGCUUCGUUGAAGCACUCUUAGAAUUUUCGAUUCUUGUCAUCCAAUCAACACCUAGCUGGAGCUCUCACGGGUACGACGGGGAAGUACGAGUGAGGUCAACUUGUAAAGUCGUAUUAGGCCUAAAGCAGACGGUUUAGAAUGAAUUUCUGAAUUUCUAACCUAAAAAAAAACUAGCCUACGUGUAGUUGAACCACCAACCCGCCCCCCUCCUUGAGGAGGAGGUGCGGGACACAUAGGCUACCCCGCAAGGUCUUCAGGUCCGGAAAAGGACUUCGACCCCUCCCCCCGCCCGCCAUCAAGUUACCAUACAACAUCGGUAACGUAAACCUCGAGAUAUGGAUGUUUGUUCGGCCUCAUCUUGUGCUUCUUGACCCGAUUUGUAAUAAGAUGAUUAAAUAUUUGUCUUACAUCGUCACACGAUUAUAAAACAAUGUAUUAUAAAAUUGAAUUGUUUCCUAUACAGGAAUUUAUGUACGAUAGGAAUAUUAUAGGAAUACUUAGCAUUUACUUGCAAUUUAUUGGACAAUAGUCCAGAAAAACUUUUUCAGUACAUAUUUAAAAUGGUCUUAUGCACCUAGACGUAAAUAUAAUAGUGUAAGGAAUAAAUAUUUAAUCGUUAAAUUAAAUUUCAUCCCACCAUAUUUGAAUUUAAAUGCAAAGAUUGUACGAGGUAUUUUAAUGUGAAUGUCCUAGAUAUUUAUUGGCUUAGUUUUAGCUUUCUCGCCAUGUGCGCUGUUGAUCAAUUGAAUAACAUUGUAUUCAAAUGAAAUAAAAUGUGAGAAUUUCUU